GACAACGGAGGCGCGUUCACGUGUCCGCCACCGGCUCCUGCGCUGUGAGAGAGAGCAUCAUCACAACACUGGCACAGCCCACAGCUUCCUCUGGCCGGAUAUCGCAGGAGGACGACAGGGAAUUUAGAGGUUAAAUUAAAAACAACAACACGAGAGACCAGGGAGGCUGUGCGCCAAGGAGCCGAGGAGAAACCAGCAUCCAUUCUUGCAGCAGGAGCAGCAGGAGGAGCAGUGGUGGUGUUAGUACAGAAGCAGGAGCAGAUUCGAGGAUUUUCCGUGUCGGUUGCCCGGUGCUCCGCACACCCUGUGCCUUUGAACCAGCAGCGGGGAGGAGGGGAGGACCAGAGAGGAGGCUGUGCAGAAAGGAGGAGGACCAUGGAGGGGAUGCAGGCAUACGGAGCCGGGAAAGCCGGAGGAGCCUUCGACCCCGUCACCUUCUUCCAGCAGCCUCAGACCAUUCUCCGCAUAGUGUCUUGGCUCUUCUCCAUCGUGAUCUUCGGCUGCAUCGCCAACGAGGGCUACAUCAACCGCCCCGACGAAGUGGAAGAGUACUGCAUCUUCAACCGCAACCAGAACGCCUGUAAUUAUGGCGUCUUCAUGGGCUCCAUGGCCUUCCUCUGCUGCAUGGCCUUCCUGGCUCUGGACGUCUACUUUCCCCAAAUCAGCAGCGUCAAAGACCGUAAGAAGGCAGUGCUGGCUGAUGUCGGGGUGUCAGCGUUCUGGUCCUUCAUGUGGUUUGUGGGUUUCUGUUUCUUGGCAAACCAGUGGCAGGUGACCAAACAUGAGGACAACCCACUGAGGGAGGGAGGAGACGCUGCCCGGGCAGCCAUCACCUUCUCCUUCUUCUCCAUCUUCACCUGGGCGGGCCAGUCCUUCCUGGGCUACCAGAGGUACAAGCUAGGGGCCGACUCAGCCCUCUUCUCCCAGGACUACACAGACCCCAGCCAGGAUGCAGCCGGAGCCCCUUACACCUCCUUCGGUGGGGACGACCUGGAGAGCCCAGGAGGAGGGGGCCAGGCCAACAGCGACGGGGCCUUUGAUGGCACCGGAGGCUACCAACGUCAGGACUACUGAGAAAUAUAAUAGGGGGGGAAGACCUUGUGAAGUUGCCCAUAGUUCCUAAUUUAGAGCAGGAUUUGUGUAGUUUCUGUCACACUAAAAAAUAUUACAGUUUGGUUAAUAUAGCACAGACGCAAUACCAGUACCAAUGGGUUGUUUUGGCCCAGUGUUAGACACAACAACCACCCCAAAGUCAAAAAUUCUUUUUACAUUGUAGUUCAGCUGAGCAGGACUCCAUUAACGUUAAAACCCGCUGCCUCUGCACACUCGUCGCCAGACUCCCUCUACACCUCUGCUGGACUCUGCGUUGUGAUUUUUUUCUUCAUAGUUGCAGUGGAGUGUCUUGUGGAGAGAAGGAGGCAGUAGACGCAGGAUUUGGGAUUGUGGUUGAGACCUUGACUGCGGUUUAUCUCACAGUAACACUCAAUAACAUCUCUGUUGCUGGCAUCACGUCCUCAACAAAAUCAUCAACCUUGCAGGGCAAGAGAAAAUAAAAUUUGAAAAACAUUGCGUCCUAAGCAAAAUCUCAAAGCUACGGUGCCCUGCUGGGGACAAACAGUGUGAACUACCACGCUUGCUGCGAAAUAGACAGCAUGAUAGCACCUCCCACUGGCUUAAACAGGUAGCUGUCUUACAUUUACAUCUGGAGCUGUCACUAACAUGAGCUGCUCACGCAUGAGUAGAUGCACACUUCCUUCUGUGCAGUGAUACAGGUGGUGGUUGUAGUUUGGUAGAAAGAAAAUAGUUCCUACAUGGUUUUGUAGUUUAUCCUGAGUAACAGCAUCAUUAUUUCUGGAGAGAGACAUUACUGCUGAGUUUGUCAGAUGUGCUUUUUCGCUCUGUGAGCACCAAAUGACAAGUGCUAUCUAGUCUUAUUAUAUUUGAGACAAGGCAGACAUCUCUAUGGUCGAUAUCUCACACCAAAACAAUCUGGAUUGAUAAACAGCACUACAGGUAACGGGAAAAAUAUGUAUUUUUGAUUUUGGGAUGCACUGUUUAUUUAAAUUUUACCUUAAAUCUGUCACAAAUUGGUUGUUAAAGCUGCAUUGGGUAACUUUUCUAAAAAAUAACUUGUUAUAUUUGCUGAAACUGUCACCACAUCCUGAUAGGAGUACAUGAGACGUUAAUCCGUGGGGGAAAAAAACACGUUCCUCUGCCUCCUCCGAAUGCUUCUGCUUUGCAUUUGCAAGAAUCCACCGUGCCUGAACGAAAAACAACCAAUCAGAGCCAGGAGGACUCUCUAACGCAGUGUCAAUCACAGCUCGUGCACAUGCUGCAGAACUCCAGUGAAGCUCAAGCUGGGCUCUGAUUGGUUGUUUUCAUUCGGGGCAGUUGAUUCUUGCAAAUGCCAUUAGAAGCACUAAUGGCCCACAAAUUAUCUGUCUCAUUCGCUACAAUCAGGAUAUAGUGACAGUUUCAGCAAAUAUGGCAAAACGUUUUUUUCUAUAAAACUUACCUACUGUAGCUUAAAGUGUACAAAACAAUAAGCAAAGAACACUCAAAACUGCAAAAUAAUUGAUAACAAUUAGUCACAUGUAAGAUUCAAAAAAGCUAACACCAAUACUGAAUGAGAACAACCCAUUGUGAUUUUUUUUAAUGCAAGGGUACUGCAUAGACUGGAGACAUUAUUGCAUUAGUGCUAUAUGAACUCAAAUUGGGUCAGUUUUGUUUAAUGACUUUUAGUGCGAGCAUGCGUGCAAAAAUGAAAGCACUUAGCUGGGAGGAAAAGUUGGUGGAUUUCAUGCCUGUGACAUGUCGGUUAUCGGGCUGAUUUCCAUAUAAAGCUAUAUUCAUCUCUGAGUCAGAAACUGUGGGCAACUUUCCAGAUUUUUGGACAAGAUGUCAAUUAGGUGUGAGUCUGCGGUAGAACAAGAGCAAGGGGUUCAGGGUAUCCAUGGGAAAAGGUAUUGGGAUGUAGAGAGUCACUUGGUGCAGUUAAAGAUGUCAGGAACAAUUUAGGGGCAUAAAAGGAGUGUGGGAUGAAUCGGGAGGUCAAAGGUUUGCAGAAACGGUCACUCUGUAGCAGAUCGAUGCUUGUGACCACAUUGCCUUCAUCCUCUGAGGUCUGCUGUCAGUAAGCAAAACGAUCAGUGUUAGUUGAAACACACACAGACACACGAAAAACACACAUGCAAGCACAGGACAUACAGAUUUUUAACAUACAACACAAGUUUCUGCUGACGAAACUCCUUAGAGGUGCAUUACAGGAUCUCAGCAUAGACAAACAAGCAACAGUGGCAUAUCUGGCAACUAAUCCCCUCAGUUGUAACACAGGACUGUGUUUGUGCGUGGGUCGAAAGGUCUCCAUUGGGUUUUUGUUUUUAUGUGUGGGUGUGGGACAGUGUGUCUUUUCUUAUUUCCCUUAAGAACCCGCUUUUUCUUUCCUCGAUUGUUGCCUUAGUGCUGACUGCCAAGCAAAAUCCAACGAACACAGGGCAACAUAACACCCAACAUGCAGCAUAUCACAGUUCUCUCUCAGCAUCUUUAGAGCAAAAAUACAGCCGAUAAAAUUGUUUUUGUCCCCAAGCACGCAGAAACCCCGAACAAAAUUAGCAUUUGUCGACAUUAUAGCGCAUCCAAAGUAAAAACGUUUCACAUCAGCAGGCCUACAGACAACCUACCACACUGAUAAACUACAGGUAAUUUAUCUUUUUCCCAUUUUAUUUCAACAAAUCUGAUGAGGCAACCACGAACAUCCUGAGUAUUUAUGAACAUGCUCCAUUUUCUUAAAGAAUAAAGUAUAUCUAUCUCUCUAUAAAUAUAUGUAAAUCUAUAAUUCAGUAUAUUAGAGUGUUUGGAAAAAAGAUUAUGCUUUAUUUUAGGGCAUUAUGCUAGUUCUGUAUAAAAAAAGAAAAGACUAAAGAAAGAAGAUCUAUGUUCUGUUGAGUGUUAUUGUGAUAAGAUAUAUGGUGAGGUCAUCCACGCCUCAUAUUUUACGUUGCUUUCAGGGUAAGGAGAUGUUUUUAUUUUGGGAUAAUAAUACUAACUAUAAGAAAAAAAUACAGCAACAAAAAAUGUGACCAAAUUAUCAAAGUAUAUAUGCACAUAUAUACUUUAAACUGUACAACUAUGUAGACGUAGAAACGUGUGAUGUUCCUUUGUGAAAUCUGUCGAAAAAAGCAAGGUAAGAUUUAAGACAAAAAAGGUUGUGUACAAAUGUAUGUUUUUGUUGUGUUUGAUUUUAACCAAUAAAAAUAAAGAAAAUACUGAGAAAGAUA